AUGGGCUCCCUCCCCGGCCAGUUCGGGAAGGAGGUCACACACCACCAGGUUGGCAACAGAUGCGGUGUUGGAGACGCGGCCUCGGAGAGCCGCAGGCUGCCCGCGCUCCCGCGCCGUGCGCUUGCCCGAGAGCGGGAGUGCGCCUCCGCCGUGCGCUUGCCCGAGAGCGCGGGCUCCAAUGCCAACUGCCCGCAGUUUGAAAUCGUAGGCCGCCGCCCCCUCGACCAAUCAGCUGAGGCGGUGUCUGUGACACGUGAUUUCCAGCAUCCAAUAGAAUCAGAGCGGUUGCCCGGUGAGCUGUAUUUUGUUUCAGGAAGGGCUCGCACUGUGCGCAGAAUGGACGGGAGGCAGGGGAUAUCUGUUGGCCAAGACAGACCGGCCGAGAGCCGGCCCCUGGCAAAGAAACGCAAACUGCAGGAUGAAAAUGCAGAGCAACAGAAUAUCACUGGAAGUACAGUUAACAACAGGAUCCCGUCAUUACAACGCUCACGACUUCCACAGCCUUUAGUGAAGAAGACAGAGCUGACAACAGCAGUGGCCAAAGCUAACCCAGUCGGGGCUGGGGCUGUGAAGAAAGUUGCCUUCAGCAGUGUCUCCCUCAGCACUUCCAGGAGCAAGGUGGCAUCAAGCAUGGCUGGCAAGGGGGUGAAGAGUCAGUAUGGAGCUCGACAGGCAGUGACAGUCAAAGGGACCGAGCGACCUGCUGCAAAGGCCACUGUUUCCAACAGCACUUCGGCAGUACUGAAGAAGCGCCCAGCUUGGGAUUUGAAAGGCCAGCUGGAGGACAUGAAGAAACGGAUGUCAGAGUAUUCCGGAAAGCUCCAGCUAUCGGAGCAGCAGAGAAAAGAGUUUCAGGAAAGUGCGGGUCUACACAGCAAAAAUUUGUCUGCUGCUAUUUCACGAAACAAGGAGCUUGAAGAAAAGCUGCAGUUACUGGAGCCUCUGGUGCAGAGAACAAGUUUGGAGCUGGAAAAAUACCAGCGAGAGAAUGCUGCCCUACAGGAGAUGUUACAACUCCGCGACACUCAACUGGGCAGUUUAACUGCAGAAGUUGAAGAACUAUCCACUGUGGUCAAAGCGUUAAAGACCACACUAUCACGCAAAGAGGAGGAGCUUGUGCAAAAGACUUUGUGUGUGGAGGAACAGCAGAAGAUCAUUGCCAAUCAGGAAGAUAAACUACAAAGUAUGGAGCAGACACUUACAAAUCUGGAGCUGGAAAGACGACGAUUGCACAAUACAGUACAAGAGUUGAAGGGGAACAUUCGUGUCAUUUGCAGAGUUCGGCCACUCCUGGAGCUGGAUGGAGAUAACAACAUGGCGCAUAUUCAGUUCUCGCCCAGUGAUGAGAAUGUGAUUACCCUGUUGAAGCAAGAGGCUCGCGCUGGGCACAACCGCAAGGAAGAUGCGAAAUAUAACUUCAGUUUCGACCGUGUUUUCCAGCCAAUGGCGAAGCAGGAUGAAGUGUUUGAAGAUAUCUCUCAGCUAGUACAGGUAACGUAGACCUUUUCAGCAUUC